GCGGGGGGGGGCAAGUCAGUCUCUGAACACACGUACAAACACUCCUCCAGGACAUACGGAAGACGCGCGUAAAAGCAACCGAGCUGCUUCAUUUCAACAGUGAAAGACAACGUUUAAGUCCCGCAGGUUGUCCCGUUGUAAAGUUUGGACUUCCCUUCGUUUUCUAGGUGCGAUUCUUUGUUUUGAAUCUCAGGUACAGCGGGGUUUUAUUCUCUCUAGCGAACCGGAGGUGUGUUCCCUAUGAUGCUCGGAUAUCGCAGGAGUGUUUGCUUCACGCUUUGGAUACAUAAUGUGAGGAUUUGUGUCGGAAUAAACAAGGACGCUGCGUAAAGGAAAACCCUGCACUCCCCAGUGUGACCAGUGAAGCUCGCUUCAAUCCCCUCAAAGUGCGAAAUGGGGCCGUCAUCUACACUGCUUCUCAUUGCUUUUUUUGGCUGGGCUGAAGGUUCCUCUCUUCACUACUCAGACGGUCGGUCCAGCCGUCUUUCCCUGGAGAAAACCUUCGGCCGGUUGGUCAAAGACUCCCAGUGCCAACACAUGUUGAAGCACCUUCAUAAUGGAGCCCGAAUCACUGUGCAGAUGCCUCCCAACGUAGAGGGUCACUGGGUGUCCACCAGCUGUGAGGUGAGACCAGGCCCAGAAUUCCUGACGCGCUCCUACAGUUUCUACCCCAACAACACCUUCCAAGCCCACCAGUUCUACUACGAGGACAACCACUGCACCAAACCCACCUACACUCUGGUGAUCCGGGGUCGUCUACGCUUACGCCAGGCCUCCUGGAUCAUCCGCGGCGGCACAGAGGCGGAGUACCACCUCCACCGCGUCCAGAUGGUUUGUCACACAGCCACCGUGGCCAAAGAGCUCAGCCAGAGGCUCAACCACAGCUGCAGAGGGGCUGUGAAGGGCCCCUGGGAGCCCAAUGUGAUCUACGAGCUGUGGAGCGAGGAGGGUGGCUACGACUGCUCCAGGGAGCUUAACUUUGCCAUGCAUGAGCUGCAGCUGCUGAGGGUAGAGAAGCAGUACCUGCAUCACAACCUGGAUCACCUGGUGGAGGAGCUGUUUCUGGGAGACAUCCACACAGAGCCGUCCCAGAGGCUGUACUACAAGCCGUCCAGCUACCAGACUGCCCUGCAAAAUGCCAAGAACCAUGACCAUGGCUGCAUCGCCUGUCGAAUCAUCUACCGCUCAGAUGAGUUCCACCCUCCCAUCCUGCCGCCGCGGGCUGACCUGACUGUCGGGCUGUACGGUCAGUGGGUGAGCCAGCGCUGCGAAGUUCGUCCUGAGGUCCUCUUUCUCACCCGUCACUUCAUCUUCCAUGACAACAACCACACCUGGGAGGGCCACUACUACCACUACUCUGACCCCGUCUGUAAACACCCCACCUUCACCAUCUAUGCCCGCGGACGCUUCAGCCGAGGGCUUCACUCCACCAGCGUCAUGGGUGGGACAGACUUUGUAUUCAAAGUGAACCACAUGAGAGUAACUCCCAUGGACUUGGCCACCACCUCCCUCCUCAACGUCUUCAAUGGUAACGAGUGUGGAGUGCAGGGAUCCUGGCAGGUCGGGGUGGAGCAGGAUGUCACCCUAACCAACGGCUGUGUGGCACUGGGCAUCCGGCUCCCCCACACAGAGUAUGAGCUUUUCCGCAUGGAGCAGGACGCCCACGGCCGCUACCUGCUCUACAACGGCCAGCGUCCCAGCGACGGCUCCAGCCCGGACCGGCCGGAGAAGCGGGCCACCUCCUACCAGAUGCCCCUGGUGCAGUGCUCAGCAAGCAGCCAGUCCGACUACAGCAGAGCGGACGACAGCGACAGGUCUCUGCUGCACCACAAUGACUGCACAGGAUGGCACAGAGGCAGCCAGAAACACGUCACGGUGGCUCUCGUCGCAUUCUUCACAUCUCUGCUGCUCUGCUGGCAAAGCUAGAGAGCAGUUUGGGCUUUUUCUACAUAAAGACACAACAAGACAAGAGUGUGGAUUACAAGAGUAGAGAGGGAGACUGCUUGUUAAAACAGCAAAUUUACUUUUUACUUCUCUGAUGUGAAAGAGGAUGAAAACUGGUGCCCCUGAUCCUCUGAACCCAGCUACCAAAGACUCGACACUGCUGCACCACAGAAACUGCACUUUAGAGUGGAACCAAAGACCAACCUGUCUGUGUUUCCGCAAAUAUACAAAGAUGUCUAUAUAUCCACACAGACCUGAGAGUAUGUUUUAUACAGUGUACUUACCUACAACUAUCAAGUCAUUUCUUGGUACUGCAAAAAGACGCGAUUUGAUGCGUUGACAAGAAGCUUCCUGUCUGGAGGAGAUGGGCUUGUGGAUAGUCACUGUUUACAGUAAAAGGGAACUACACUACAUAUAUUUCUUUAAAUAUUGCCUUACAGUAUGGUGAACUCAGCUGCAGUUAUCUGUCAUGUAUUCCACAUUAAGAUCAUACUGUUUGAUUUUGGAUUCAAUAAACUCUUUCAGCUGCAGGCAAUUAUCUUCCAUGCAUUCUCACUGAGCAGAGAGCUGCAUCUUCACUGGCCGACACUUGACCUCGUGUCCAUUGGGGCUAUUUUGAAAUUGUGUCAUACUCUGUUUGGGAAACUGCACCUGGAAAAUUUGCAUAUAACGUAGCUUUGUCGCAACAAUUGAAGACUUCAGAUAUACUGUAAAAUUUGAAUUAGGACUGGGCAAUAUGGCUAAAUUAAAUAACAUUAAGAAUAUUUUCUGAAAUAUUGUAAAUAUGAAAAGAAAAUUAAAAAAUGAAUGCAAUGAACUGUUUGUUUACAUGCACAAAGUGCUUCACAUGUGUAAAAUUACAAUUUGCUUGGAAUAAAUAAAUAAGCAGCAGCAUUUUGCUAAACCAUACAACAUGAUCAUAUCAUCAAUAGAUACCUAUAAAUGAGAUUAUUGUUGUUGCCCAGUCUUGUGCAUUUUUUAUAAAAUGGGUUUGUGUUUAACAUAAGAUAAAUAUGGUAUUUUGUCAGCACUGCCUGCUUCAUUUUAAUGGAAUACAUGCAAAUGGACCCGAAUACAUACAUUUGGAUCCUGCUUGGGGGGCAGGUUGUAGCCUAACUCCAUGAUUUAAAAUUUAGACGCUAUCAUUUUAUAGUGAACUAUCUUGGCAGUCAGUGCAAGACUUCACUGUUUAAAUACUGUAGACUUACAAUUUUGUGCUGACAUGAAAAGAAGCAAGGAUUGGACCUGCGGACAUCAUAUCAAAUUGUGACUUCACCCUAUUGAAACUAACAGGAAAUCAUAAAUUGUCAUUUGUUUUCGUUCCCCAAUAAUUUCUGUUUUCACAAGAGUUACUGCAUUACCAUCUCCCUUUUUUAUUACUUUUUCCCCCCAGACAUAAAUAGGCCCUCAUUUUUUGUUACGUGUUGGUACUUGAAAUGGUGUUACUGUCUCUACUAUACAAGUUGUUCCUUUUAAAGUUUGUAACAACAAGGAGGUCUGAUCAAGAAUUUAAGUAUUUUUUGGGGGUAAAUAUUCCAGACUUCUUUGGAUUUGAUGCACUUAGUCCACUGUUUUCAAAAUCUCAGUGAGUUAUUCAAGCUUAGCACUUUCUCAAAAUUGAACAACCGGACAUUUAUGUAAUUGCAACAAAAGGAUAGAUUCUGGUUACUAAGCACUGUAUAGUAGGCCACAUAUUACCUGUCCAGAUUGUGUAGCUCCUUUUAUUUAAAAAAAAACAAAAAAAAAACAACAAAACUAAGUCUUCCAGUGAGGAACCUGUGAAAUGACAUAAAAAGAGAUUAGUGAUCUUUUCUCCUCAAGGUCGUUUCGAAGCUUGAGUGUGUUUUAAUAAAUUCAAAAUACCUUCCAUGGGUCAUCAGGUGUGGCACAGUAUCCGCACCCUUCAGUCCUCCACUUGAUCUCAAUUACAAUCUUUAAUGAAGGUCACUGUGGUGUCAUCAUCGGUCUAAAGAUGUCGUCACUGCCAUCACCCUCUGGAUCGUCGACCAGUACCUGUUUGGGAACUUACCAGCAUGCUUCUACCGUACCAGAACUUUCAGACUGUGUUCAACAGAGAAAGGACAAACUAUCACAGCAAACCCUUAUUUCUGCAAUGGAAAAAACUAAAUGACUGAUUGCUUACAGCAAGUUUAUCAUCAUUGAUGCAGAAUCUUGUUCUCAGACUAAAGAACCUGUAUUAGGCUCCAGGAAAUGUCUUUGUAACUGGAUACAUGUAUAAGAUUAAAGGUUUGAUACUCUUCAA